CGGUACAACUUGUCUCAGUCUUAGGUUAGAAUCGUUCUAAGCAGUCGACAUAUGUUGUAUCGAUUAUCAUUCGCUGGUCUGGUCAGCAACAACGCUGCCAGGGCGUAGAAAUUCUCGGUAUGUUUCCGACUCGAAAUUUCUUCGUUUUCUUCCCGUUGAACGACUCGUGAGAGGCCCGAUCGUUGAUAUCGUUUAAAAUGAGUCGUUAAGAUCAUCAAAUAACAUGGCGCAAUCGAUUUUCGACGCUCUAACAGGCGUGUCGCUGGACAGUCCUUCCGUACAAUCAUUAUUAGAGUCCCAGACUCUAAUAACUGAGAUGGAGCAGUCAGCAAUCGAUCAGGAUGAGGAAGAUAUCUUUCAGUGCGGAAAAUGCAAAAGUCAGUUCACAUCCUUGCACAUGUUUGUACUGCACAAAAGGACUCAUCAGAAAACGCAGGAGGAAACCAUAGAUUUGAGCCAGUUUCUGGUGAACGAUGAAAAUCAGACCGUUCAUCCGGAAAACAACAACCAAGAUUCAUCACAAUACAAUCCACAAGAAACAUUUGUUCAAAAUGAUCAACUCAGUGAGCCAAUUAUACUCGAAGAGUCAGACAUGCUUUUUAGCAUGGACCAAGAGGGUGCUAGCUACUUUACAACAGACUCCACAUUUAGUGUUCCAAUUAUAUUGAGUUCAGAAAGUUUGGAUACUUUUGCGAACUCUACUAUUCCAACAGACAAUGAGCCUAUGAAAGAUGAUUCGAACGAAGUACCUCAAGUUCUACCAAGUGAUAUCUCUCAGGAGCAAGCCGCUAAUGCUUUAGAGACAGUCGACUUGUCGGUAACUAGUGAAACUCCGUCGUCAGAAUUGGAAGCCUCUAAUAAUCAAAUGCAAAAUUUGAAAUACAAAUGUAGUUAUUGUAACAAGCAGUUUGCGAAAAAAUUUUAUUGGCAACAACACGAGCGUUCUCACACGGGAGAGAAACCAUAUCAGUGCGUAGUAUGUGGACGUGCGUUCGCACAAAAAUCCAACGUGAAGAAACACAUGUCAUCCCACAAAGUGUGGCCUGGCACUGCGAUACACUCCCUACCCCCCGAGGCACCACCGGACGGAAGCAUAGAUCGUACCUAUCACUGUCAGUUUUGUAAAGAAAUAUUUGAUUCGUACAAAGCUCUAAAGGGCCACCUUAUAGUCUCUCAUCUAACACUGAAAGUGUACAAAUGCGUGCAGAGUAGUUGUAGCAUGAUGUUUUCCGAAUUGGAAGAUUUUCUGGAGCAUACGCGUAGUCAUAAGAGAUCAGAAUAUCGUUGCCACAUCUGCGCCGAAGUGUUCAACACUCUGUCUGAUCUUGGGCUCCACCAGUAUGCCCACUCCGUCCAAAAGCAGAAGACGACAGAAAAGUAUUACUGCUGCUCUGUCUGCAAGUCUUCGUUCUCGAAUCUGGAGGCUCUGCAGCAUCACACGGAAACAACAACGCACGAUUAUGCCUGUCUACAAUGCGGUAAAAGUUUCUUGAUUGAACGAUUUCUGCGGCGUCACCUGAAAACGCACGCCUCGUCCGCAGGGUUUACCUGCGAGGAUUGCGGGAAGGCCUUUAAAACUGAGCAAUACUUAGCCAAUCAUAAGUUAAUACAUAGCGAGGAGACACCGUUUUUGUGUCCACAUUGUCCAGCCAGAUUCAAACGAAAGGAUCGUCUGGGUCGCCACAUGCUGAUCCAUGAUCUCACCAAAAGGUUAAAAUGCCCGUUCAGAGGGUACUUAGGUUGUAUGAGCGAGUUCUCGCGACCCGACAAAUUGAAGCGUCACUUGCUGACGCACAGCAAUAUCAAAAGAUUUAGUUGUAGUCACUGCAAUCGCAAUUUCCAUCGGGCACAGGCUCUAAAGCAUCACGAGAUGAACAAGCAUAGUUUGAAAUGCGAAAUUUGUUCGCACGCAUUUAAAACUAAAGAACAGUUACUGACUCAUCAUUGCGAUCAAUCGAGUGAAUCCAAGAAGCACACGAGUUCACAGUUACCUAAAAAAGCUUUUGGAUCAUUCAAGCCAAGGAAACCUACUCCAAAGAGACAAACAUCAUCAAAGACUGCAAUCGGACUCGCUGACAAAGAGAAAUUCGAGAAAUUUAAGGCUGACGAUAUACAAAGAAAAAUUACCUCCGAAACGUUAAAGUCCGAAGACUACAAAGAUGAAGCAUGUACCAAAAAAAUAGAGAGUAAUUCUGUAUCGAAAGACAUCGGUUCAGCGAUCGAGGCAUACAUGAGAUCUGAUGCAGCGGACAAUGAAAUCAAACGCAACAUUGAUACAUAUUCGGUACAACAGAUAGGCGAAUAGAGUUUUUAAAUAUAUUUUUUAAUUGUAUUUAAAUUAUAACAAUAGUCUAGACGGUAGAUAAGUCGUCAUAGUACGUGCAAUGGGAUCAUUGGCAAACUGCAAGUUGCAUUUUAUAAUAGCAUAUAAUAUUUUGUAGUUUACAUAUCUGUGAUAAUUGUAUUAUAAAAUAUAUUAAUAUAAGUAACUUAUAUCUA